AUGAUGAUCGCGUGCUCAAAUCUGGGCAUUCAAAGGACUUGUCUGAAAAUUGCUAUGUCAGUAGACUUAAAUUGGGACUAUAUUUGUACGGUGUUUAUUCCAUGCAAUCGAAAUACGAAAGUUUUCAACACAAUUAUAAAUGAAGUUAUGCCAGUUCUUGAGCGAUUAUUGAAUAUCAGAGGUGUGUGAUAUUUCGUGUUGUCACCGCUGUUGCCGAUCAACCGGUAACUUCAUUUGUCAUGCCAAUCUCUGAUUUUUAGGCAAAGCUACAAAUCGGUCAAUUCAGCAUUUUCUUGCUUCUACUGCAUUUGCGGUGACACUCUUCACAAAUGUUCAGCACCAAGUUUGUAACAUUUCUCACCUAUUUUCUACAAAUGUUUGUUGUUUAGGCAGAGAAAAACUUCUUCGCGAUGGGAAACUCCUCAAGAUGCCCGGUAUGGACUUUUCGGGUUCAUUGAUGGUGUUUUUCAGUGAUUCUUAGAUGGAUCCUUUGGCAAGUUCUUCUCGAUAUUUUUCACGACCUCACGAGUUUGUGUUACGGUAAUCAAAGGCAUGUUUCACGCAUUAAAUUCAUGAUGACCCUUCGCUUCUUGUUUUUUAGAAUCGAUGGAGUCCAAGAUUCAAACCGAAAUCGGAUAUUUUUCAGUACUUGUACAAAACAACUCUUCGAUCAAUUUGCUCAAAAAAUCCAUCUUCCAAACCGAAUAUCAAAAUGUACAAGGCGUGCGAAAUGGGACAAGUAAACUCGAUGUGAGUUUGGAAGGAAACACGAAUUAUGAAAUAAGUUUUUCAGUAUUUUCGACUUUGCUUUUUUUUGAAUGCGAUUUAUGAUAAAUCCUUCAAAUGUACUGCCCGACUCGUUAUUGUUUGUUUUGGAAUGAUUUCGAAUUACUUGUUGACGGAUUGUGAACACGAUGUAUGAUCGCUGAACUUUGUCAGAUGAUCAAGAAUUGUUCCAAAAAAUAAUUACGAACAGUAUAUUGUUUUUUACAUGCAAGUUUUCUUCGCAUCGCUUCGAAUACUACCAUUUGUUUCAGGAACUACUUUUCCAUCUUCCACACUGUAUUUUGUUAUUUGGGAAUCCAGCAUUGGUUUCAACAUCUGGUCAAACAUUGUAUCGAUAUUUGCUCUCCGAUUUGCGGUGACACUCUUCACGAAAAAUUUCGUUCAAUCGCGUCUUCGAGUUUGUAACAUUCUCAUUUUUCGAUACAAAUGUCAUUGUAGAUUUAGGUCAGAGAAGUAUAUUCGAGAGAAUAAGUACAGAACUCCUCAAGAUGCCCGGUAUGUUUAUCAGGGUUCAUUGAUGGUGUUAUUGAAGUGAUUCUUAGAUGGAUCCUCCCAUUGGCAAGUUCUUCGAUAUUGAUUUCACGACCUCAAUGAGGGUUUUUGUGUUACGGUAAUCAAAGGCAUGUUUCACGCAUUAAAUUCAUGAUGACCCUUCGCUUCUUGUUUUAGAAUCAUUUCCUAAACCAAUGGAAGCUUCAAACCGAAAUCGGAUAUUUUUACUUGUACAAAACAACUCUUCGAUCAAUUUGCUCAAAAAAUCCAUCUUCCAACCGAAUAUCAAAAUGUACAAGGCGUGCGAAAUGGGACAGAAGUCAGCAUUUUGAGAAGUUUGGAAGGAAAAGGUCGAAUUAUGAAAUAA